GUCGAAUGAAUCAAUAAUGCAAUACUGUAGAUUUUAAUCAAGGAAAGAACUACUACUCAGUAGUGGUACGUAAAUUGCACCAAGUGGAAGUAUCUUUUUUUCUCUUUUCUCGUUCCAUGAGUUACGAGUAAGUACCGUAGGGUAGGGUACAGUAAGGUACGACAGGGAAACCGCACUGGCGGCAUCAGAGUGUUACCGUCUGGUACGAGUACCCUACGGUACCAUCUUCCUAACAACGAAUUUCGCUAUCGCUGUGACGAUUCGUAAGCCACAUUUCAACAUUAUCUGUUGAUUUACAAACCGAUCGUGUGUUGAAAAUUAUGAAGCGAUAACGAUGGACUAUUCAAAAGGACAAAGACACUUCAGCCUCUCGCUAAUGUUACUCGGCGGUCUCUUUUUCAUCGGUGGGUCGUCGAUCCUUGGCGUAGGAGUCAAUGCUUUUGUGCCGCGUAGCUCAUGUUUGUCGUCGAAAUCAAUACAGACUGCAACGGCAAUCGCAGCAUCGAAUAAACCUAUUGUCGUUACAUUGACUCGAGAAGACGGGAAAAAUACUAAGCUAAGGAGAAAAAUCGAAGAAAAUACCCAACUCAUGGAGCAGAUUGAUAUCCUUGAAAUGCCUUGCAUCGCACAUGCUGAUGGUCCAGAUUACGAACGUCUUUCUUCUACUCUACUUUCUGAACGGUGGGAUUUUGUUGCUGUAACAUCACCAGAGGCGGCAAAAGUACUCGCAUCAGCUUGGGAUGCUGUGAGAGACAACCCCCUGUCGGUGGUCGCAGUUGGAAAAGCUACCGAAAAAAGCCUCAAAGAUUCCAAGAUCCCUGUAAGUUUCGUUCCGUCGAUAGCGACUGCGAAGACGUUAGCAAAAGAGCUAAAUCCGGUGCACGAGACAAAAAAGACAUCUGUAUUAUACCCAGCAUCAGCGAAAGCAAAGAAAACUCUCCAAGUUGAUCUGAUGGCGAGGGGAUUCGAUGUGACACGAUUGAACACCUAUGACACAGUUACGGCGACGUGGGGAGACGAGGAAAAAGAAUCCUCACGAAGGGUAGAGGUUGCAUGUUUUGCAAGCCCAUCCGCUGUUGAGGGUUGGCUGAAAAACACAGAAGGUAACACCGACGUCUUCGCAGCUUGUAUCGGAAUAACAAGCGCUACGGCCUGUAGAGAACAUGGCUGGGACGAAAAACAAAUUUUCUUUCCAGAAGCACCAGGGUUGGAGGGUUGGAUCGACGCCAUUCAAGAUGCAACUGAAGCGUCGAGGAACACAUAAUCCCCGUUCAAUAUAUUCCUGUUUUACUUUGAAGCUUUUCGAAAGUAAAAGUAUGCAGAAAAUAGGGAUCCCGAUAUUUGAACGGAGUGCAUAAACGAGGAAUUGCCUUAUGGAUAGCAAAUUGGCGAUCCUUAGCAAUAUUGGAACAACUACUAUUUCAUAGCCAAAAUAUCUUCAACAAUAUGAGAACUAUUGGUGUGUAUGACACACUUCCUCUAACAAGGUCACCUA